AGUCGCUGAAGAAGAGGGUUGGAAAGUGGUGACAAAGAUACCAAAGCCAACCCUUAGCAAAAACGAUGAAUUUAGGGAACUACUAACUGAAGCAAGGAAACAGACUAAACCUUAUGAAGGAUCUCCCACAUCCUAUAGGGCAGUUCGUGGGCCCCGAGCCAAGACAAAAUUAUUAUAUACCCUACCCGUCACCAUACCCACAACCACAACCAUAUGUCCAGUACCCACCGCCUAUGUUUCAAGGGUACCAGAAUCAGAAUGUGAUCCCGAAUCUGGACCAACAACAAAGCAGUUUAACUGCUACUUUUGUGAUGGGGCUGGUCAUACAGCUGCAGUAUAUCCAUCAAAGUCAGCUGAGAGUAACUCGUUAAGGAAUAGAUUUUUUCAGAAUAAAAGCAGCAAUGGAAGUAGCUUGCUGGUUAAGGAACUUAGUGCCCCUGUUUCCAAGGGAGGUAUGGAGCCUCGUCAAAAAAGGGGACCCGAAACCCUACAAACUAACGGCAGAACAAACGGUGUGGCUGGAGGAGGAGUUAAAUCAGCUGAAAAGACUGGGUGCUAUAAAGAAAGUCUCUCCGAUCUUUCUGGUGACCAAGUCAGGCCCAAAACGCUACCGCCUGGUGAUAGACUUAAGAAUGUUAAACGAGAGACUCCCAGAAACAUCAUUUCAGUUCAAAGGGCUGGGAGGCCUAUUGAGGUCAAUUGGAAAAGGAUGGUCUUUGAUUAUGUUAGACUUAAGAGAUGGAUAUCACCACGUUCUAAUGGAGGAGGAAGCUUGACGUUUUCUGGAUUUCCGGGUGAAAAAUUUUUGGUACCAAUACCAAGUGUUGCCGUUUGGCCUUUCCCAAGCGGUUUGGGUUUUUUCAAAGAUAAUUCGGGCAUUAGACGAAGUCAUUUUACCGGACCUGAGGAAUUGUGGGUUUGUCCUGGCUUGGGACAAGAGCAUACCACAACAGAAGCUGGAGGAGACGAAAGCUUGUUUGAAGACACUGUUGGGAAUAAACUGGGUAACAGCCAGACAGUUGGCAAGGGUUAUAGGCAAGGUCCAGAGUUUAACAAGGGCCUUCGCCCCGAUGCAAGUGAAAUGUUUGGAGUUCUACUCCCUUAUCGAUACAGCAAACCGUCA